AGAUGAUUACAGUAGUCGUCGGUCUCGCGCUUUCCUCUUGCACAAGAAAACAACUUGGAAAGCUAAUGAAAUAUUCAGUGGUUCUAUAUAUUCUCCAUAAUUGUAUUACGAUCGACCGAAUUGUGAUUUCCUGGUAACAGAAUUCGAAUUUUACAAAACUUUGAAAGCAGUAUUGAAUUGAAUAGAAAAUGGAAUCCGACGAAGCCCUGAAACAACUAUUGGAGGAAUUGCAGAAACAGCUUGGAAAGAAACAGAAGUUCGAAGACGCCGUCUCCUCUAUCUCUUCUCUCCUCCGCGACCGCUAUAUCUCCGCUUCUCCCUCGAUCCGCAAAUCGUUUUAUUCUGCUGUUUGUAGAGUUGCAACUGUUUUAAAGACGAGAUACACUUCCCCUGGCUUCUGGCUUGCUGGGCUGCGGCUUUUUGAGCAAGCUGAAUGCCUUAUAUCUGAUCCUUCUGAGAAGAAAAACUUGAGGAAUUGUAUUGCUCAAGCCAAGGAACAAUUGCAUGAUGUGCAAAACCCUUCUGUGGAGUCUCAAACUUCUGCAGUUAGAGGUUAUCUGUUUGAGGGGCAUCUGACUGUGGAUCCUGAACCACCACGGCCUCAAUGGUUGGUGCAAUCAAACCUGUUGAACGGUGUUGCUACACUUGCUGCUGCUGAAUCUUCUCAGGGUCCAACGGAGAAUAAUAACACAGAGGAAACGGCUAGAAAUUUGCUCGAACAGCUCAUAAGCGGCUUAGAUAAUAUUAUACCAGAGUUCCUGGAGGAUGAUGCAGUCCUGAGAGCCCCACCUGCCAGUAAAGAAGUUGUCAAGAAGCUUCCAGUCAUUAGUCUCACAGAGGAAAUCUUGGCCAAGCUGGGAAAAGAGGCAGAGUGUGCAAUUUGCAAGGAGAAUUUGGUUGUAAAUGAUAAGAUGCAGGAGUUGCCUUGCAAGCACACUUUCCACCCGCCAUGCCUGAAACCAUGGCUGGAUGAGCACAAUUCUUGCCCAAUCUGUCGGCAUGAGCUCCAAACUGAUGAUCACAACUAUGAGAGUUGGAAGGAGCGGGAGAAAGAGGCUGAAGAAGAGAGGAAAGGCGCUGCAAAUGCUGUACGUGGGGGUGAAUACAUGUAUGUUUAGUGCAGUUAUUUAUUGCAUUCAGAGUCAAUAACUAAUUAUUACUUUAGUGUUGGAUUAUGGAGGUUUACUUCUGUCGCCUUUUCUCCUUUUGUGUUUUUGGGCUGGUUUCAGUGCACCUUUUUUAAUCAGAUUUCUUAAUACAAAUCCUUGGAUGUUGUUUGAAAUGACAGCUGUGGAGUUUGACUG